CUCGUGAGUCACAUUGAUUCGUCAGUUCUGCGAUCAUUCAGCAUCAUGCCUGAACCAGCCAAGUCCGCGCCUAAGAAGGGCUCCAAGAAGGCCGUCACGAAGACCGCCGGUAAGGGAGGAAAGAAGCGCAGAAAGUCCAGGAAGGAGAGCUACGCCAUCUACGUGUACAAAGUGCUGAAGCAGGUUCAUCCUGACACCGGCAUCUCCUCCAAGGCGAUGGGCAUCAUGAACUCUUUCGUCAACGACAUCUUCGAGCGCAUCGCCGGUGAGGCGUCUCGUCUCGCUCACUACAACAAGCGCUCCACCAUCACGUCGAGAGAGAUCCAGACCGCCGUGCGUCUGCUGCUGCCCGGUGAGCUGGCCAAACACGCCGUGUCUGAGGGCACCAAGGCCGUCACCAAGUACACCAGCUCCAAGUAGAGUCCCCGAGACUCCCACACACCCAAAGGCUCUUUUCAGAGCCACCCA